CUUGAACAGAGCAUCGGCUCGCCAGUGAGGGCGGAAACUCGUGGGGGAGGAUGUAGAACAGAACUGAACCAGGCAGAGCGCACAGAGGCGGCGGCUGCCGCUGCUUGUUCUUGGCUGUGGGGCUAGUACAUCCACACAGGUCGAAUAGCCCGAGCACCAGCUCCGGUCGAACCACACCUCUCCCCUCACCCUUAGUGCCGACUCGGCCCGACCCGCGAAGUAUGGAUUUAAAGAGCGAACUACUCAAGUCCAUCUGGUACGCCUUCACCGCCCUGGAUCGGGAGAAAAGCGGCAAGGUAUCCAAGUCCCAGCUCAAGGUCUUGUCACACAACCUGUACACAGCGCUGAACAUCCCUCAUGAUCCCUCGGCUCUGGAAGACCACUUUCGUGAUGACAACGAUGGGCCUGUGUCCAGCCAAGGCUACAUGCCUUACCUCAACAAGUACAUCCUGGGCAAGGCACAGGAUGGUAAUUUUGUCAAGGAAACUUUCAAUGAGCUCUGCUGGACGUUGACCGCCCGCAAGAACUACAGGCCCUCAAAGCCCCAGUGCCUGAUCUCCGAGCAAGAGGCCUUCAUGCUCUGGUGUCUUUUCAACUUCCUGUCUGAGAACAAGUAUCCCCUGGUCAUGGUGCAGGAGGAGGUUGCGUACCUACUGAGGAAGUUGUUCACGGCCAUGGGGCAGGAGUGGCUUCACGAAGGGGAGCUGAGCGACCAUUUUAUGCAGAACCCCACCCUGGAUGGAGCUGUGAAUGUCUGGCAGUUCCUGGAUCUGAUAGAGUCAGGCACGUUCACCAAACCGGCCAGCAAGGAGUCGCUUGCUCUGGGGAUCCGCUCGGUUUACGAGGAGCUGGUGUUGGACGUGACACAAAAGGGAUACAUGUGGAAGAAGGGAUAUGUUCGGCGGAACUGGAAUGAGCGCUGGUUUGUCCUGAAGGCGUGCAACAUCUUGUACUAUGUCAACGAGGACCUCAAAGAGAAGAAGGGGGAAAUUCAUCUCGAUAAAGACAGCACAGUUGAGGCACUCAUGGACAAGGACGGGAGGCGGUGUGUAUUCUGCAUUAAAACGGCCAAUCGAACGUAUGAACUGAGUGCAUCUGACACCAAGCGUCGCCAGGAGUGGAUGGAAAGUAUCACCACCGCCAUUUCGCUUCAGACGACCAACAAGCCCCCUCUGCACAAGGAGCAGCGGGAGCGGCGGCGAGAGCUGCGGCAGCAGGUGACUCAGAGGAGGAAGGAGGAGGAGCAGCAGCUGGCCAAGCUGAAACAGGAGAGGGAGUGGCAGCUGAGGGAGCUGGAGAAGCUCAGGCAGGCUCAGGAGGAAGCACAGGCCAUUUGGCGAAACAAGGAGUUCCAGUGGAUGGAUCAACAGGAGGAGAUGCAUCAGGCCAUGCAGAAGCAGCUGCACCAGGCUCGGAAGGACAAUUUCUGCCUACAGUUGGAGGUGGAGCAGAAGGAGCUGGAGGCGGGAAUGCAGCGGCGCCAGAUUCAGGAGCUGGAGAGGAUCCGGCAAGGGCUGGAGCAGGCGCUGCAGGCCGAGAUUCAGGCACGCAGUGGCGAGCAGGCCGCACGCUCAGUACAUGCAAGGCUUUUAGAGCAGGAGGAGGAGAAGCUGAGGGAACUGAUGAGGCUUAAGGCGGAGAAGAAUCCGAACCGGCGGGAGCGGAAGCAGCAAGUGGCGGAUAGAACGCAGGCACUGCAGCGGGCAAUGGAGGAGCUGAGAGAGAGCAGGCAACUGCACAAGGAGGAUCUGGCGGCGGCGAAGACAAGGCGGAGGCAGGCGAGUCGUUGCGUCAAACAGUGGAACGUGCAGCUAAACCGACUGAUGCAACCCAUCGUCCCUGGAGCCACCCAGAAUAAACAGAGGAGUGCUGUCCUGAGCCACAGAGGAGGUGGAGCCUUCCCAUCCAUCGACCUCAACGCUAAGCAGCCCCAGCCGAUGAGAAAGACGCAAGAUAGGAGCGACAGGCCCAGGGUCUCAACCCAGACCUCAGAGGAGACGUCAGAAUCUGACUCCGACGACUAUGAAAACAUGGAGGAAUAUUUGAGGAAUGUGUCGCUGACAGGAUCGAUGUCGCCCUAGGAAAGCAGCAGUUAGUUCUCAUGGCGGAUUAGACGGGAGAGCAUGAGAAAAGUGCGAACAGUUCUGCGGAGCUUUCUCGAUCCACACUGGGCACCGGUAAUAGACUCAGCAGAUUUCCCCAGUGCAUUUGGGAGUCUCCAAUAUCCGAACACACAGAUAUGGGAACUGCAUUUGUUGAAGUCGCAUGGAGAAAGAGAAGCAGAGCGAGGUCCAUCAGCACAAAUGGCACCGCAAUCUGUAGCCAAUGAUAAACCGUUCCCACUUACAAAUCUCUUCUGUGCUUCAUUUUUCUGUAGGCCACUGUUGCUUAAUUUGCAGUGACUGACGUGGGAAAUAAUGUCCUCAAAGUUAUUGUGCAAUCAGAAUCGUUUGUCUAUGACAGAGUGACUAUGUUAGAGGUGAGGAUGCUUGAGAAGAGGGAGACUCUUGUAUCAGCUGGGAGAGGGAAAGGGAGAUUCACUGGUGAAAAUAUUACUGAGAUUGGAGAAAGGAGAGGGAGAUUGAUGGAGGAGGAGUUCAUGGAUAGAGUUGUCAUAGAGACAGGGUAAGAAAUCUAUGGAUAAAACAUUGCUGGCAGAGGGCAGUAGAGAAUUCCACAUUUCAAGGUAUUGAUCAUGUGCAGAAGUAAGAAUAGGCCAUCAGAACCCAGAGCCGGCCCCACCAUUCAUCAUUCUGAUCUACCGUGAUGCCAUUUCCUGCAUUAUCCCCACACCUCUCCAUUCCCCAGCCUUCUGGGAGAGUUCCAAACAAUCACCACCCUAAGAAUGAAGAUAUUUCUCCUCAGCUCUGUCCUAAAUGGCCGAUCCCUGAGUCUGAAACUGUGCCCCUGGUCCAGGAAUCCUGUGUCGGGGACCACCCUCCCUUCAGCUAGUCUGAACAGACACCUGUGAUAUCACAGCCCAGCAACACUAAAUGAUCUCUUUUACUCCCACACUCUGCUUUCUGUCUGGUAACCAAAUCUCAAUCCAUUUCAACCUUUUUAAACCAAUGAGGGUAACCCAGUUGGCAGCUGAACGCCUGUGCAGGAUCUUAUCAAAAGACUCCUGGAAUUUUGAACACAACACAUUCACUGGUUCUCACUUGUCCAUUCCACUAGUUGCAUCCUGAAAGAAGUCCAACACGUCAGUUUUUGACUCAGCUCAAUCUUCUUACUCCUUCCAAGGUAUUCUGAACGUAAGAGAUUCUGCAGGUGCUUGAAAAUCCAGAGCAACACAUACACCAGAUCCUGGAGGUGUUGUCCAAGGUAGUCUGGUAUUAGAACCAUCAUAUGAACUCCUGCAAUUUCCCAACUACUGAUGUUAGACUCACAAAAUUUCACUCUCCGUCCUUCCUGAAACAGUGGCAUCACGCUGGCUCCCUUCCAAUCCACGGGAACAAUAAUGGAAUCUACAUAACCUUGGAAGAUAACCAGAGCAUCCAGUAUCUCUUUCAAAACUCUGAAAUGUAGAUAAUCCAGUCCUUGGGAUUUAGCAAUUUUCAAACUCACUAACUCUAGAACAGAGAUAAGGAAGAAUUUCUUUAGAACAGAGACGAGGAAGAGUUUCUUUAACAGAGGGUGGUGAAUCUGUGGAAUUUAUUGCUACAGACAGCAGUGGAUGCCAAGCCAUUUGGCAUAUUUAAAGUGGAGGUUGAAAGGUUCUUGAUUAGUAAGGGUGUCAAAGGUCAUGUAGAGAAGGCAGGACAAUGGAAUUGAGAGGGAUAAUAAAUCAGCCAUGAUGGAAUGGCAUUGCAGACUCAGGGUGCCAAAUGGCCUAAUUCUCCUCCUAUUGUCUUAUGGUCUUAACUUAUUUAUUACUAUUUUUGAGUAAUAGAUAUUGUCCUCAAUAACAUGUACUCUCUAGACCCUUGUGUUCCACUGGUUUUAUGCAUCUUGAGCUGUGAAGACAGACAGCAGAGUAUCUGUUUAAUUCCUCUGCCAUUUCCUUCUUGUGAAUUCUGUCCAUCCGUAAGGGUCUUAUAUUGGUCCUCGUGUUUUCCACGUACGUGCCUAUACUUGCUGCCUCUCACUGGUCCAGCCUAGUCCCCCUCUGCUCAGUUCUAAAAUGUGACCUUUCCUCACACCUAUGUAAUUUCUGGCAACUUUAUUUGGCUCUUGUUUUGAUCUAAACCAUAUUUAAUUUCUCUGGUCAGCCAUGAAUGAAUCCAAGAACAUCGAGCAUUACAUCACAGUAUGGUCCUUCGUCCC